AAUAAGAAAACGAGCUUUUUUUUUUAAUUUUAAUAUAAAUAGGUGAGAUAUUACCCUAGAUACCCUCUAAUUGGUAAACAAUUGUCCUCGAAAUAUCGUAAAAAAGUCUCUAACCCUAGCUCAAAUCAACACACUCGCGUUUUCGAUAUUGUUACUUUCAAUCAUCAUCAAUUUCAAUCAUGGCAGGAGUUGCACCUGAAGGUUCCCAGUAUGAUGCUCGCCAGUAUGACAGCAAAAUGAGUGAAUUGCUUUCUGAGGAAGGAAGUGAUUUCUUCACUUCAUAUGACGAGGUUUAUGAAAGCUUCGAUAAAAUGGGUUUGGCAGAGAACCUUCUUAGAGGAAUCUAUGCUUAUGGUUUCGAGAAACCUUCUGCUAUUCAACAGAGGGGAAUAGUCCCAUUCUGCAAGGGUCUUGAUGUUAUUCAGCAAGCGCAGUCUGGUACAGGAAAGACAGCUACUUUCUGCUCUGGUAUCCUACAACAGCUGCAUUAUGAAUUGUUGGAAUGCCAAGCUCUUGUGCUUGCUCCAACCAGAGAGCUUGCUCAACAAAUUGAGAAAGUUAUGAGGGCCCUUGGAGAUUACUUGGGCGUUAAGGUUCAUGCUUGUGUUGGAGGAACAAGUGUGCGUGAGGAUCAAAGAAUCCUUGCUGCUGGUGUACAUGUUGUUGUUGGUACCCCUGGACGUGUCUUUGACAUGUUGCGCAGACAAUCCCUUGGCUCCAAUCAGAUUAAAAUGUUUGUUCUUGAUGAAGCUGAUGAGAUGCUUUCUAGAGGUUUCAAGGACCAGAUAUACGACAUAUUCCAGCAACUACCACCCAAGAUCCAAGUGGGAGUAUUUUCUGCAACAAUGCCCCCUGAGGCACUUGAGAUCACCAGGAAGUUCAUGAACAAACCUGUGAGGAUUCUCGUGAAGCGUGAUGAACUGACUCUUGAAGGUAUCAAGCAAUUCUAUGUUAAUGUUGACAAGGAAGACUGGAAGCUCGAUACACUUUGUGAUCUGUACGAAACUUUAACGGUUAACCAAAGUGUUAUAUUCGUAAACACGAGGAGGAAGGUCGACUGGUUGACUGACCAGAUGAGAAGCCGUGAUCACACCGUUUCAGCCACUCAUGGAGACAUGGACCAGAACACUAGGGACAUUAUUAUGAGGGAGUUCCGUUCUGGUUCAUCCCGUGUCCUCAUUACAACCGAUCUUCUUGCUCGUGGUAUUGAUGUUCAGCAAGUCUCCCUUGUGAUCAACUACGAUCUGCCAACUCAACCCGAGAACUAUCUCCACAGGAUUGGACGAAGUGGUCGAUUCGGAAGGAAGGGUGUUGGUAUCAACUUUGUUACCAGUGAUGAUGAUAAGAUGCUCUUUGAUAUUCAGAAGUUCUACAAUGUCACAGUGGAGGAGCUCCCUGCUAACGUUGCCGACCUUAUCUGAUGAUUUUGGUUUGUGUUUUCAGGGAACAAGUUGUUUUGUCUGUCAAAUUAGUAAAAAUUCCACUACUUUUGUAGGAGACAAGUUUAAAAUUGUACUUUUGUAUUUUAGGUUAACAAGAGUUUUACCUGUUACCAUUUUUGCUGUUCUCUUUCCUGAGAAACCACGCGUUGUCGGCAUUGUAGAUGGUUGAAAUCGUUGAUCGAUCCGAUUGUCAGUCUUGAGAAGUAAGUUUUAUUUAUUUAUUUAUUUUAAUAAAUUUUAAUAGGGGUUAGAAAGCGCUAUUAUAAGUAUCAGAUAUAACAGCGCUUAUUUUAUAAGCACUAUAAUAUGUUAUAUUUAAUAUCUUUAACUAUAAUAUGUUAUAUUUAAUAUCUUUAA